AUGUUUCGCAAUAAUGGGAAGGCUAGUCUGGGAAUUAACAAGCCUUUCAAGCCUCCCCGAAUGGUGAGGCCUGGAUCCAAUGGCGCGUCAUCUUUGGGAAUAACCAAACCAUCAAGUCAAACAACCCCCAGCACCAUAUUGCAAAGAGAUUCUAAGAAAAUGACAAGUUCAACUGCCACAAGUUUCAAAAAACCGAGACUUAUCAAACCGGAAACUAAUCCAUCAGCCGGACAAGAUAAUGUGAAUCUUAACGUCGAUACCAGCAUGUCGCGGUAUUUCAUGGUGGUGUACCGUAAAAAGACCAUGAAGAAAAACAAGACGUGGAAUGGCGAUGGGGUGUUGAUAGUGAAGCAUUGUCAUUUGAGUUUGAAGUAUGAUAAAUCCGGCAUUGGGAAGAGCUACACUUCUCUCGCUAGUGCGAUGAAGAAGAAUAUCAAUCUCGAGGAGAUUAUUAGUAUUGAUCAAUAUGAAGUAGAAGUGGAUUAUGAAGUGGUGAAGCCACAGGAGUUGACACAAUUACUUGGGAAAUUGUCGUCUCUGACAAAUCAUAAUCAAUUAGUAACAGAAGAUGAUGCCAUCAAUGUUGUUGUUGCCGUUGCUCCUGCUCCGGAAAUUACAACCAAAUCAAGACCUUACAAAAGCGUGAUGAUGGCUAACGAUAGGAAAUCAAAGGAAGUUGGGCGAAUUCAAACAAAAGGGUUGAUCCAUAACCGCCAAUCUAUGAGGAAGCCAUUAUUCACCAUCCGCGAGGACUCUUUAGUUUUGGAUAAAGUCCUCGAAGAACCAGACAAAGUUAUUGAUGUUAUUGUUGAUCCACUACUUUGUAACCAUUUACGACCCCAUCAAAAACAAGGGGUGAAGUUUCUCUACAAUUGUGUGAUGGGGAUCACUGGUUCUGAUAUUAGUGGAGCUUUGCUCGCCGAUGAGAUGGGGCUUGGGAAGACCCUAAUGACCAUUACUUUGAUAUGGACCUUACUUCGUCAAAGUCCGUAUUUGAGUCAAAGCGUGAUUGCUAAGAAAGUGCUUGUAGUGGUUCCGGUGACUUUGAUUGGUAAUUGGAAAAAAGAGUUCAAAAAAUGGUUGAACGUCAAUCGUAUUGCGGUGCUUACCCUUGGGUCUUCGAAGAAUAAUAAUAAUGAAAUGAUGAGUCUUCGAAUGUUUGGCCAGACUAAAGUUCAUCAGGUGCUACUUAUAGGGUACGAAAAACUUGUUACGGUUAAGGAUGUCUUGGUGCAAUCGCGGAUCAAGUUUGAUUUGCUUGUUUGUGAUGAAGGGCAUCGACUCAAAAGUGGAUCGAGCAAAGCUAUCCAGGUUUUAAAAUCAUUGAAUAUUAAAAGGAAAGUGUUAUUAUCCGGAACGCCGAUUCAAAAUGAUCUCGAAGAAUUUUACACGCUUAUUGACUUCAUCAACCCUGGAAUCUUGGGGAGUUACCCAACGUUUCAGAAAGAGUACAUGAAACCCAUUUUACGAUCCAGAGAGCCUAAUUGCACCAAUCAAGAGAUUCUUAGGAUUGGACAUGAGAAAUCACAACAAUUGAUCUUGAUCACCAAACCGUUUAUUUUACGGCGAACCAACGAAAUUCUCAAUAAAUUUCUUCCGCCACGCCAAGAUCUAGUGAUAUUUAUCAAACCAACCUCUUACCAAACAAAAGUGUUUGGGAAUAUUAUAAGAUCUAAAAAUUUUGAAUGUUUCGAAGACAAUGUCAGCGACGGGGUGGCUUCCAAAACCAUGCAGGCUGAAAGUUUCGCCAUGAUCAACUUGUUUAAGAAAGUUUGCAAUUCUCCUAGUUUGAUCAAAGAUGAUAAUAUGUUUAAUAAACUCAUUAGUCGUGAGAGUAACUCCUGGUGGCAGGCGGCGUUGGUAACUGUAGCAUCAACCAGUGGUAAGUUGUGGUUUCUCAUGGAGUUGUUGAAAGAAAUCUCUUUUACCACCCAUGAGAAAGUGGUGGUGAUUUCCAAUUAUACCAAGACACUUGAUUUAAUUGAGACGCUUAUUCGAGGUUGCAAUAAUAUGUCAUUUUCUCGUCUUGAUGGCUCGACGGCUGCUAAUAAACGUGAUGCAAUAAUCAAUGGGUUCAAUAAUUCAAGCCACGCCACAAACUUCAUCUUCCUCCUUUCUGCGAAGUCUGGCGGAGCCGGGUUAAAUCUUGUGGGAGCAUCUCGACUUGUGCUUGUUGAUAAUGACUGGAAUCCCUCGAUCGAUCUUCAAGCAAUGGCACGGAUUCAUCGUGAUGGCCAAAAACGACCGUGCUACGUUUAUCGGUUGAUCACCACCGGGUGUAUUGAUGAGAAGAUUUUCCAACGACAAUUGAUGAAAAUCAGUUUGAGUGAUAAGUUUUUGGAUGAUAAGAAUAAUUCGAAGGAUGACAUAUUCGAUUAUCAAGAUCUUAAAGAGUUAUUCAAAUUGGAUUUGCAGACCCAGUGCAAUACCCAUGAUUUAAUCGAAUGUCCUUGUGAAGGCACUGGGGAAGUGCUUUCCUUUGAUGAGGAGGAGAAGGAGGGAGAAGAAGAAAAAGAAGAAAAAGAAAUGGACUACUCACAGGAUAAAGGGGAGAAUUUAGGCUGGGUUUCGGCAAAAUCCAUGCGAAGUAUGCAAGAAAGUAUGGAAGAGGAUAGAAUGAUUGAAAAAUCCCGGAAGAUCAGAGGUUGCUUGAAUGAUUUCAGUCAUUGUGAUCCUAAAUUCAUCAAGAAUGGAGAAUUAGAAUCCACAGGGGAUACUAUUACCGAUACAAUUCUUAAAAAUAUCGAUACCGCCAAUAGAAUAUCUUACAUUUUGACAAAAACCAGUUCAUAG